AUGUGGGCGGAGGCGCUCCACGGGGAGCUGCGCAAGCCAUAUGCGCUCGAGCUCUGCCGCUUCGUCGCCCACGAGCGGCUCCAUGGCCCGCUGCCCGUGUACCCGCCGCCGCACCUUGUGUUCCACGCGCUCAACGCCACCCCGUUCGACCGUGUCAAGGCAGUCAUCAUCGGUCAGAUGCCAUAA